AUGUCUGAGUUUAAUAAGCAGAAUUCGUCAGCGGCUUCGAAUAAAAAACAAGCUUCAAUUCUGAGUUUUUUUAAAACUCAUGAGAGUAAGAUAAAGAAAACUAACUGUUCAAAUGAUGCAGAUAUUAAUAAAAAUAUCACAGGAAAUGAAAACGAAUACAGAGAACCUGAAGGGAAUAAAUUAUUUUUAAGUAAUCCUUUGGAGGAGGAUGGGAUGAAGGACGACAAAGAGAACGCUCAGCUGAACGCAAAAUUUUCUAUGCUGAAUAAUUUUGUGUCAAAUGUGAAGGAAAGCGAUGGAAAGGGGCUGAAGAUGAGCAAUGAAAAGAGCAGCGGAAGUGACAAUGUGAGAAGCAAUGCGCAUAGCAACAGGAACAGCUUUGGCAUGAGCGAGGGGCAUCAAGGAAGUCUAUUUGAAGAUUCCUUACAGGAGGGAAGUGCAGUAAAAAGCGAGAGCGAAAAUAAGAUGGUGCUGAAUAGUAGCAGUUACUAUGAUAAAGAGAGUGCAGAAAAUGCAGAUCUAAGCACAGAAGAGGAUCUUAUUAUAAAAAAGAAGAGAAAGAUAAUACUUGAUAGCUCAAGUGAUACAAAUACAAACACAAAUGAAAAGACUAAAAUGGGAAAGGAAAAAAGGAAUAAUGGGGAACAGUCAAUUAGCGAUGGUGUUGAUGGGAAGUUAAGUUUUUUACUAUAUGAACCAAAUAAAAAAUUUGAAGAAACUCUUUUAAUCGAUGAUAAUAAAUGUAGGGAUAUUAAAUCAAUACAAAGAAGAAAAGGAGAAGAUAGUAAAAAAUCGCAAGAGUUAGAUUUCUUAAGAAAUAAAUAUUUAAAUUUACCUAUCAGUUUAACAAAUGAUAAAUUUAGACAAUAUAUAGAACAGUAUUUUUUAUAUUGUAAUACAUUCGAAUUUCCAAAAUGGAUUCAACCUCAGUAUAUAAGAGAUAAUAAUUUGAACAAACCAGAGAGUGCUGACUAUGAUUGUACAACCAUAUGGACUCCACCAUCAGAUCAUCAAUGGGCAGUGGAGUAUAAACAAGCACAUUAUACUCCAGGUAUGCAGCAAUUUUGGAAAAUAAAAUCUAAAAAUUUUGAUAAAAUAAUUUUUUUUAAAAUGGGAAGGUUUUAUGAAAUAUUUUAUAUUGAUGCUUGUUUUAUGCAUACUAUAUGUGGACUUAAUUGGAUGAGUGGUGAGCAGAAACCUCACUUGGGAUUUCCAGAACAGUCUUUACAUUUUUAUGCAAAAAAAGUAAUUAAUAGUGGUCAUAAAGUAGUUGUAAUUGAGCAGAUGGAAACACCUAAAGAACUUGAACAAAGGAACAAAGAAUGCUCUGGACCUAAAGAUAAAGCUAUCAAAAGAGAGGUCAAUGAAAUAUAUACUAAAGGCACAAUACUACAUGAUAAUAUGUUAAGUGCUGAGACCAAAUAUUUAGUUUGUUUUUAUUUUGAUGAUAUAGAAGAUUUAGAUAAUUCUAAUGAUAGAUUAAAAACAAAGUGUAACUUUGGUUUUGUUGUAACAGAUAUUGCAACGUCUUACAUUGCUGUAGGGUAUUGUAAUGAUGAUGAAUCGAGAAUAGAAUUAAGGACCAUUCUUGCACAAUUAUGUCCAGCAGAAAUUUUAUAUUGUUCGAAAAAUAUAAACAAAGAAGUGUUAUCCAUAUUUAAAAAUAUUGCAGCAGAUCCGGAGUUGACUAGUAUGAAUAGUUUUCCUAAUAUCAUCGCAUCGUUAGAUGAAAUAAAUAAAUAUUUCGUUAAUAUUCCUAAAAGUUUGGAAAUAUAUAAAGAACACAAUAGUGUUAUUUGUGCUUUUGGAGGAUUUAUAGUAUAUCUUAGAUCCCUUCUUUUAGAUAAGAAAGUCUUUAAGUUUUGCAAAAUUGAACAUUACGAUUUAUUUAAGAAAGACAAUUAUAUGGUUCUGGAUGCAACUGCCUUAAAGCAUUUGGAAAUAUUAGAGACUCAGUCAGGAGAAACGAAAAAUUCCUUAUACGAUUAUGUGAAUAAAACUUGCACAAAUUUUGGUGCUCGUAAUUUGAGGAGAUGGGUAUGUAGUCCUUUAUUGAAUUGUAAAAAAAUUAAUGAACGAUUAGAUGUUGUAGAUUUUUUGAGAAAAAAUGAACACAUAUUAUCAUUGAUAAGGUUAAAGAUGAAGAAACUACCUGACAUACAAAGGUUAUUAAACAAAAUAUGUGUUCAAGCAUCUCAAAGUGAAAGAGGAGCUGUCUUCUUUGAUAAUAUUGUUAAUACAAAAUUGAAAGAAUUUGUUACAUUCUUAAAUGCAUUCAAAGAAAUAGAUAUAAUGUUGACUGAAAUUAACAGCAUUGAUAAGGAUGAUGAAAUGCCUAGUCGCUUAUUCGAAAUUAGUAAUACACCUGACAGGAGGAAUAAUAAAAAUGUGAAUGGUUCAUAUCCUCAUAUUGAAGAAAUUACAAAAGAGUUUUUACAAAAAAUAGAUUUUGAUGGGGAAAAAGAAUAUAAACCAGCAGAAGGAUGUGAUGAAGUAAUCGAUAUGAUAAAUAGAAAAGAAAAGGAUGUAGAAAAUCAACUAAAUAAUAUAUUAGCAAAUAUGAAAAAAUAUUUGAAAAUAUCAACAUUAAAAUUUGUGCAUGCAAAAUAUAAAUACGAAAUUGAAUGUCCAGAUAACGUUCCAAAAUCUUUUUUAAAAGAAGUUGAAAUAACAUCUGCUAAAAAAGGAUUUGUUAGGAUACAAAAUGAAGAGAUAAAAAGUUGUGUUGAAAUGUUAGAUGACAUUGAACAGGAAAAGAAAGAUGCCAUUUAUCCAUUUUUUCAAAAAAUUUUCCACUUAUUUUAUGCACAUUAUGAAAAAUAUAUUGCUGCAUGCAGGCUAAUUGCAGAACUAGAUUGUUUGCAAUCCUUUGCAUAUGUAGUAUUAAACACUUCAUUCGUUUUAACAAGACCUAUACUUCAUCCCAUGCGAUGUGAUAACCAUACAAGGGUGAUGGACAAAGGGGUAAAGGAAGAAGAGGAAGGAACAUCCGAAAUGGAGGAAGAAAAGGGAGAAGUUCAAAAUAAAAAAACAGACAAGAAGGAAAAAUAUUCGGAUGAAACAAAUGAUACAGAUCGAGGUGUUAGUGAUACUAAAGAACCUUUGCUCAUCCUUGAAAACAAUAUUCACCCAGUUGUUGCAACCCUCAUGCCGAACUUUAUUGCAAACAAUAUUUAUAUGGGAUGUGAGCAGGAAAAAAAAUCAACUUUAUUAUUAACGGGACCAAAUAUGGGAGGUAAAAGUACCUUACUGCGUCAGGCAGCUAUAUCUGUUAUAUUAGCACAAAUAGGUGCCUUUGUUCCUUGUACAUAUUGUGAGUUAACAGUAGUAGAUAAGAUAUUUACAAGGUUAGGAUCAAGUGAUAACUUAUUUGAAGGAAAAAGUACAUUUCUAGUUGAGUUAGAGGAUAUAUCAAAUUUGUUAAAACAGAGUACUAAAUACAGUUUAGCCAUUUUAGAUGAACUGGGUAGAGGAACCUCAUCCUUUGAUGGCACAGCAAUUGCUUUGUCUACACUUGAACAAAUAUCUGAUGUUAUAAAAUGUAGAUGCAUCUUUUCAACUCAUUACCAUAUGCUAGUAGAAGAAGUCAAACAUAAUACAAAUAUUUCCAACUAUCAUAUGAGCUUAAGUAUUGAUGAUGAACAGGAGAAAAUUAUAUUUUUAUACAAAUUUAUUAAAGGAGUAUGUCCUAAAUCAUUUGGAAUACACAUUGCAAGGUUAGCUGGACUUCCAAAAGAGAUCAUUGAUCUUGCACAUGAGAAAUCGGUACUAUUUGAAAAUGUAACUGAUGAAUUUUGCAAAAUUAUUAAAUAUAAAAAUAUAAUGCGUUCUUUGUUAAAUGCGCCUGAUGAUGAAAACUUGGCUUCUUUGUUUCGAAAGUAUAAAUGUGAAUUUUCGUGA